CUCUUACACAAGCAAACGAACAAAUGUAGUGAUAUGGAGAUAUGAAGUGCCGCCUGCAGAAUUUCGUCAAGAUCUCACAUAUUACACAGGAAAACACCGAAAACUAAAACCAGUUUGAUAUGAAAGCAAAAAUUGUAAACAAAACAUAUUUAAGUUCAUACUUGUGGUGGCGGUAAAGAGAAGUGUCAGUUUUCCAAAAGAAAGUCAGAAGCACAGGCAACAUUUACUGAGGCAAAUGCCAACUAGUUUUGUUUACUCAUUAUUUAAUACACUAUCAGCAGUGGCCGCAAAAGGAAAGUUUCGCUGCAUAGUAUUGCUUUACACGUCAAAGUCCAUGGGACAGUAGUGCACAUAACUGCAAGUUGCAACCAUACGAUUAUGAUUAAGUGUUUUAAUUAGAUAAGGUGGGUCUACAGAUAAAAUUCAAUAAAAACGUCUUCAAAGUAAAGACAGCUUGGUUGUUGUUGUUUGGCAGUAAAUAAAAAUCGCUAUUAUAAAUUGCUGUUUCAGUGUUUUCAAAGGAACCUAACUCAAACAGUAUAUAGCGUAUUCUUCGCAAAAUAUUGAAUAACUCAGUGUAAUAAUAUUGUUGAUCACUAAAGUCCCUUACAAAUUAAUGCAUGAAGCACGUUAUGACUUUCUGUUGCAAGUAUUUCACGCUUUUUAAACAUAAAAAUUGGCAUUUGUAUGUGUGCGAUUUAAAAAGUGCUUUUAUAUACACAAAUAAUUGCGAACAAAUAAUACAUGUCGCUAGGUUGGUAUUUUGAUGCCAGCAAACUUAAAGUAUCUUAGCAUUUCAUAUUAUUUUUACUCAAUACCUUUGUAAUAAUUUACACUCGUCAACUGACUGCUGCAGCAAUAGCACAUAACAGAGCGCCAUUAGUUGACUGUAUAAAACUUUCGCUGCAUUCAAGCAUAGCUAUAACUAUUUACAUAAUAUGCACAAGUUAUUUGUCUCCGCAUUUCAUUACAUAAGUAAACAAAAGUAAAAGAUUCGUUUGAGGCGAUAAAAGCCUUACACGUACAUGAAUUACUUGACCUCUUUAAGGUCGUCUGUACUUGAGGAUUUUAAAGCAGUUUACUCAUUGAAAUGCAUAGAUAUAAAAAAGCGCACAAAAGUGGAAUAAGAUUUGUACAUGUAGCCUAACAAAUAAUCCAUUAUAUUAUUUUUUAGAAAUAUAUGUAGCUCGUACAGAUUUUUACCUAAAUUAAAGUACAAAUUACGAAACAAAAUCCGUUAUACAACAUUGGAAACUCGAAUUCCUUAUAAUGACGACACAACUGGAUACCGCUAAAACAAAUACUAUUUCACCAACAGGCGGUGGCGAUACUGGAGCUGAAUCAUCUACUUUAUCUAUUGACAAUUCUCGCUCAUCGCCAGAUUUUAAAAAGUACAUUAAGGAAAAAUGGAAAAUAAACAGCGCAUCGGAGCAAUUGAGCCAAAUAAUAUCCGGUGGCUUAGCUGCGGCUAUCACACGUACCUUCUGCCAACCGUUGGACGUGCUAAAAAUACGCUUCCAAUUGCAAGUGGAACCACUGAAAGAGCACAUCAACCAACAAUCAAAAUACACAAGCAUAGCGCAAGCUAUACGCACAAUUUACCGCGAAGAAGGUGUACUCGCCUUCUGGAAGGGUCACAAUCCAGGCCAAGUUCUUAGCAUAAUUUAUGGUAUAUCGCAGUUUUGGACAUAUGAACAAUUGAGUAUGGCGGCCAAGCAAACGACUUACCUCAAAGAUCAUACCAACACAUCGAAUUUUCUUUGUGGUGCCACGGCUGGUGCUACGGCUGUUAUACUAUCAACGCCUAUGGAUGUAAUACGUACACGUCUUAUUGCGCAGGACAAGAGCAAAGGAUAUAAAAAUGCCACACGCGCCGUGUCAACAAUAGUACGUACGGAGGGUAUAUAUGGAAUUUAUCGCGGUUUAAAUACAGCACUAUUGCAAAUUGCACCAUUAAUGGGUGCCAACUUUAUGCUUUAUCGAAUUUUCAGUAAAUCAGCUAUGCAAUUCUAUAAUGUGGAAAACCGAAGCGAACUGCCCACAUGGGUGCUACUUGGCUUGGGCGGAUCAUCGGGUAUGCUCUCCAAAUCACUCGUUUAUCCCUUUGACUUAUUGAAAAAGAGACUGCACAUACAGGGCUUUGAAUCAAAUCGUCAAACAUUCGGUGAAAAUAUACGUGCUACUGGCAUUUUCAGUUGUUUGCGGAAGACUAUACAACAAGAGGGUCCAACAGGUUUGUACAAAGGAAUGGCUCCCACCUUACUGAAAUCUACAGUGACGACAGCGUUAUAUUUCGCCAUUUACGAUAAACUCAGGCAAAUACGUUGGUUUUCUUAACUACACAUACAGAGUUUUAAGUUUAAAGCUUAAUAAUCUUUUUUUUUUCUUUAUCUCACUUUAAGCGUCUGAGAGUAAUGUUAAAAAUAUUAUUUAACUUAAAAAUUUUGUUAUGAAUCGGACUUUUAUUAUUUUUAAGAUAUUAUUUUAUUGUAUGUAAACAAUACCUUACUUUUAAAAAUGAACAAACUUUCCAUUUUUUAUAGUACUUUAUAAGAAAAUAAAAAAUGAUACAAAUAAUUAAAAUGCAACGUACAUAAAUCCGUUAUCGAUCAUAUGGUGUAAAAUACAAAGUAAAACCAGAACAGCCUUAAUUUUUUAAUGCAAAAAAUUGUCAACAAAUAAAGCAUAGCAUAAACUGAAAAUUAAAUUAAAUUUCUAUAUCUUUUUAAUUAGUAUAUAAAUUUGCAUAUAAGGAAACAAAUAUUAUUUAAUUAAAAUUAGGGUAAAACUAAAAAAAGUUAGAAUGUACUUCACAUAUUUAUAAUACAUAUCUACAAAUGUAUAUCCAGAUUUUGAUCAUUCAGUUUGAAUGGCAGCUACAUACUUGUAUAUGUUAUUAUAUGAACAAUUACUUCGUAGGUUAAGUUCAUUCUGAGUUUUAAAAACAGCUUGGUAAACUUAAUAUACUCUCUUAAGGGUAUACAAAUUAAAGAAAUAAACAGAACUUUCACCAAACCA